GGGGCCCUGCUAGCUGUUGCGCUCGCUGUUGCUGUCGCCGUCGCCGUCGCGCAAAGCCGAUCGAUCGCCGGCCUGAUCGUGCGCUUUCAGGUGUGUGGCCUGUGGGGGCAUUGCGACUGCAUGCGCCUGUGCUGUAGGAGCCUGUACGGCCCCGGCGAUCCUUUCCGGGCUAUAAAUCCACCUCGUUGCUCCCUUGCAUCCCUUCACAAACCUCUGCAUGCGUCUCUCUCUCUCUCUCUCUCUCUCUCUCUCUCUCUCUCUCUCUCUCUCUCUCUCUCUCUCUCUCUCGGUCUUGGCUUGCCAAGAUAUCAGGCAGCAUGUACCCUGGCGAGGUUGCGAGCGUUGUCCUCCCGUACCUGCCAGCCGCAGCCGCCGUGGCUUUCGGCUUCGGGCCCCAUUACCACCCGCCUGCAGGCGACAACCACUUCCUGUUCCAUGGCAUCAGCACCGACCUGAUCACGCCGCCGUGCGCCGCCGCCGCGCACUGCCAGCAGCUCCCCCAGCCGUUCCUCGACCGCGCGGCGCCGGGCCCCCACUCCCACGACGAGGCUGCCGGCGCCGGCGAGCGGCUCGCGGAGGAGAGGCGGCGGCGGCGGACGGCGUCCAACCGGGAGUCGGCGCGGCGGUCGCGCGUGCGCAAGCAGAGGCAGCUCGGCCAGCUCCGGGCGCAGGCCGCCCACCUCCGCGGCGACAACCGCGACCUGCUCGACCGCCUCAACCGCGCCAUCAGGGACUGCGACCGCGUGCGCCGCGACAACGCGAGGCUGGGCGGCGAGCGGGCAGCCCUGCAGAGGAGGCUCCAGGAGCUCGCCGCCCCCGGCGACGAUGAGGGCGGCUCCGGGACAGCAGCAACUGCCACCUAGAUAUUAAGAGAGCAAAAAUGAACGAUGCCAACUCCAAAUGAAAAAAAAAUCAUCUGCACACAAAAGUUAAGGUUUGAUCUAGCAUUCUAUAGCUGAUAAUGAAAAAGCUACCAAUUACAUAUUAAGCAGGCAGCGUGCAGAGAUUACUUGAAUAUAAAGGGUUAAUUAGAGCUAAACUUGGCAAAGCAUUCUGUGAACGAACAAUGAGUUGACGACAACAAUAAUUUAUAAUCUGCACUCUGCAGAUUCGUAUC